AAAGAAACGUCCUCUGCCCUCAGAGGCGCAGCCUUUCCUCAGCCAGCAGAGCGGCUGGCCUGCAGAGUCCCCGCCCCCGGCCGGCCCCUGUGGCCCGCGCCUCCAUCCCUCGGGCCUCGGAAGUGACGCAAGCUCCCCCCCACCGCCGCUAGAUCCGCUGCUGCUGCCGCGGCGGGCGGACCUGCAGCAGGAGGAGGAGGCGGCGGCGGCGGCGGCGGCGGCCGAGGCUGAAGGAAGAUGGCGGACGGCGUGGACCACAUAGACAUUUACGCGGAUGUCGGCGAAGAGUUCAACCAGGAAGCUGAAUAUGGUGGGCAUGAUCAGAUAGAUUUGUAUGACGAUGUCAUAUCUCCAUCUGCAAAUAAUGGAGAUGCCCCAGAAGACCGGGAUUACAUGGAUACUCUCCCACCGACUGUUGGUGAUGAUGUGGGUAAAGGAGCAGCACCAAAUGUUGUCUAUACGUAUACUGGAAAGAGAAUUGCAUUAUAUAUUGGAAAUCUAACAUGGUGGACAACAGAUGAAGACUUAACUGAAGCAGUUCAUUCUUUGGGAGUAAAUGAUAUUUUGGAGAUAAAAUUUUUUGAAAAUCGGGCAAAUGGCCAGUCAAAGGGGUUUGCCCUUGUUGGUGUUGGAUCUGAAGCAUCUUCAAAAAAGUUAAUGGAUCUGUUGCCUAAAAGAGAACUUCAUGGUCAGAAUCCUGUUGUAACUCCAUGCAAUAAACAGUUCCUGAGUCAAUUUGAAAUGCAGUCCAGGAAAACUACACAAUCAGGACAAAUGUCUGGGGAAGGUAAAGCUGGUCCUCCAGGAGGCAGUUCCCGUGCAGCAUUUCCACAAGGUGGUAGAGGACGGGGCCGUUUUCCAGGGGCUGUUCCUGGUGGGGACAGAUUUCCUGGGCCAGCAGGACCAGGAGGGCCACCCCCACCUUUUCCAGCUGGACAGACUCCACCACGUCCACCCUUAGGUCCUCCAGGCCCACCUGGUCCACCAGGUCCUCCACCUCCUGGUCAGGUUCUGCCUCCUCCUCUAGCUGGGCCUCCUAAUCGAGGAGAUCGCCCUCCACCACCAGUUCUUUUUCCUGGACAACCUUUUGGGCAGCCUCCAUUGGGUCCACUUCCUCCUGGCCCUCCACCUCCAGUUCCAGGCUACGGCCCCCCUCCUGGCCCACCACCUCCACAACAGGGACCACCUCCACCUCCAGGCCCCUUUCCACCUCGUCCACCCGGUCCACUUGGGCCACCCCUUACACUAGCUCCUCCUCCGCAUCUUCCUGGACCACCUCCAGGUGCCCCACCGCCAGCUCCGCAUGUGAACCCAGCUUUCUUUCCUCCACCAACUAACAGUGGCAUGCCUACAUCAGAUAGCCGAGGUCCACCACCAACAGAUCCAUAUGGGCGACCUCCGCCAUAUGAUAGGGGUGACUAUGGCCCCCCUGGAAGGGAAAUGGAUACUGCAAGAACGCCAUUGAGUGAAGCUGAAUUUGAAGAAAUCAUGAAUAGAAAUAGGGCAAUCUCAAGCAGUGCUAUUUCGAGAGCUGUGUCUGAUGCCAGUGCUGGUGAUUAUGGGAGUGCUAUUGAGACACUGGUAACUGCAAUUUCUUUAAUUAAACAAUCCAAAGUAUCCGCUGAUGAUCGUUGCAAAGUUCUUAUUAGUUCUUUACAAGAUUGCCUUCAUGGAAUUGAGUCCAAGUCUUAUGGUUCUGGAUCAAGAAGACGUGAACGAUCAAGAGAGAGGGACCAUAGUAGAUCACGAGAAAAGAGUCGACGUCAUAAAUCCCGUAGUAGAGACCGUCAUGACGAUUAUUAUAGAGAGAGAAGCAGAGAACGAGAGAGGCACCGGGAUCGUGACCGAGACCGUGACCGAGAGCGUGACCGAGAGCGCGAAUAUCGUCAUCGUUAGAAGCUGAAGGAAGAGGAUCACCUUCCAAGACAAAACAGUCUUCAUGGGGGAAAAAUGACGCUUGUCCAGCAGUUUGCUUCUUGUGAUUGAACUGAACCUGUAAGGAUUCAUGGAUAAAAUGAACAGGACUAGAUCUGAAUAAAGCAAAUCUGCAUAAAUGGUAACCAGUAGCUCUACUUUUAUUUUUUAUGUUGCUUAACUGUUUUAUUUGAAGGAAACCUGUGUGAUUUAAAAAGUUAUAGCUUUUGCAACUUUAUUACUGGUUAUAUACAUUUGGCCAUUAUGAUGUGCAAGCAAUUGGAAAAAAAGUCAAGUAAAUGCUUGUUUUUGUAGUAGUUUGUUCUUGUUAAAAAUGUUUAUAUGAUAAUGUCUGUAAACAGCAUCACUUUGAUUACAAUAGAUGUAGUGUUGUAAUAAACUGUUUAAUGGGG